UGGUGGUGUUGGUAAUGAUGAUGGUGGUGGUGCUGAGAUACAACGUGGUUGUAGGUCCACGAGAUAUAACACAUACUACCAGCCUACGUGUUUCUUCUUUCUAUGUGUAGUGUCAGCAGGCCUCUUACGCUCGGCUCACUUUGUGCGAGGCGUCAGUGACUUCGCGUCCGCCGCUCCGAUCGGAUCUUCUCUUGGAUCAAGUACACGAAAGCUCAUCUCUUCGUUCGUACAUCGUUCGUUGAGUAUCUAAAAAGCAUUUAAAUAAAAUCCAUUAAAAAGAAGUCGUGAAUAAUUUUGAUUAAUGUGCUCCCCGACGAGCCUUCGAAACUCCAUAUUUAUUCUCUUAUAAAAUAAAUAUGAGAGAAGAGAAACGGUCCUGUAAAAACAUUCGACAUAUUAUUCAAACCUCUGAAAGAUGAAUAUUCCAGAACUUCACUCCAAGUGGAAAAAUCUAGAUCGUUCGUUGUUUUAAAUAGAAUGCUAGGAGAAUUCGUUCGUUUAGAUCACGAUCUCUCUGGUGCGAUUUAAAAUCGCGCGAUAAGAAAACUGCUGCUGCUACUGCUGUUGCCGCUGCCGCUGCCGUUGCUGCUGCUGCUGCUGUUGCUAUUGCUAUUGCUAUUGCUGUUGCUGUUACUGUUGCUGUUGCUGUUGCUAUUCCUGUUGCUGUUACUGCUACUCCGAUCGAUCGCUUUGGUAUGCGAGAGAACGGAGCAAGAUAUCGAGGCAUUUGAAGGGCUCCCCAUGGCCUGCGAGAGAACGCAAAGCGAUAAAACUUGGAGAACGCAAGAGGGAAGGAGAAAGAGGGAUAUGUAUCUUACGUAGCACGUGAGAAAGCAGAGAUGCACCGGUAAAUCGUUAAACGCGACGGGGAUCGAACCGCGGGAGAUAACCGGCGUGCAAAAGAGAGAAAAACAAAAAAAAAACAAAAAGAAAAGAAAGGAAAGAGAUACGUAUAGAGAGAAAGAAAGAGAAAAAGCGAGAGAAAAGAGAAAAGAAAGAAACAAUGAAGGAAGAAACGCAGUAUACUCGAUAGAUCGAUCUCGAUCGUGCAUCGGAAUCCUAUUGAAUCUUUUCCCGUCGUUUGAAUCGAUCUCGAUCGAUCGAUUGAAAAAAGUCCAGACUCGCGAGUGUAUUCUUCUUUCGGAAGCGUUUCAGAAACUAUCCGCGAGUAUCUAGAACGUGCCAAAUCGAACGUCUCUACGUACUACGAAUGCAAAAUCGUAAACCUCGAUUUCACUACGUACUGUUGCAGCUUGGUAACAGUUUAACGUGCAGUGAAUGAAUUUUGUCUUUAUCGAUAAAAAUUCAAGAGGGAAAUACGAAAAAGAAUCGAAAUAUUAGAUAAUAAAUAAAUAGGUAAUAAAAAAAGAAGGAAGGAAGGGAAGACAACACGUUAAAAGUGAUAGUGAAUGGCAGGGUACGAAGACGCCGAGUGACAUAAUCGAAGAAAGUGCCAGAGAAAGAAAGAGAGAGAGAGAGAGAGAGAGAGAGAGAGAGAGAGAGAAAGGGGUAUAGAAAGAGUAAGAGGGGAGAGAACCGAACCUGUUAUUAACCGGUAAACGCGCAGCCGCGCUCCUGUCAAGGUGGUGGUAAUGAAUCGGCGAGAAGGUGCAGAGAUUCGAAAUGCUUUUAAAGACAGGGAACGGUACGGUCAUCCGACCGGUGCGAAAAUCAAAUGACGAAUCGCCCGAGAGAUCGGGCACAAUGCUUCUUCUUCCUCAUGUGUUUCCUUUCUCGUACGGUCCUCGAGCUUUUCAAUCGUUCCAAUAGAAAAGAAAAAAAGAAGGAGAGAAGACUCGAUCGUGAUAUGUUGGAGAGGUGUUUUAGAGAAAAAGACAAAGGAAAAAAGAAAAGGAGUUGUGUCGUCCUUGUGAUCGGCUAGAUUAAGAAAGUAAGAGAAAAAGGAAUAGGAAGAGAAAAAAGUAAAAAGGAAUAAGAAAAAGAAGAAUAAAAACAAAGAAAAAUAUAAGGAAGUAUGUCGUCGAACGGUGAGUUCUCGACAAUGUCCAGCGAGGAAAUGCCCUCGUUACCGAAGAGUCUGCCGAGUUCUCGCGAGGCGACGGCCGAGGGUAGUUCCGGCUCCACUGGUGGAUAUAUGCCGCUUCGAGAGUUCCUAGAUCGAUUUUCACUACCAAGGGUCGUCAGGCUUGAGGGUACUAGCGGCAGGCCUGUCCUCCUUUACAAACAACAACAGAGAUCUCUUCGAGUCACUGCUACCUUACUGAUACAUCGAUAUCGACAUGACGUUAAAGUAGGACCAGAAAUUGUCAUUCCUGAAGGUUAUCCAGAGGUGCAAGGAGUAAACUGUGAAAUUGAUGGCACGCGAUACCUCGUCUUCUCGCUCCAAUUGAUCCCAGGCAAAUUGUGUAACAACAUGCGUGGUGACCGCGGCGAGCUUUACAACUCGCUCAUAACUUUGUAUUUGCUACGUGGCAAUGUAACCCAGGCUUAUGUAGUAUGUAGAUGGUUUUCUGUGAUAUCUGGCAAUAACACAACAGGUAGUGCACGAGUCUACAGAAGGAUGGAAUCAUUGGUACGAGCCGGUGUGCCAGCUUUCCUUUUGGCGGCGCCAUUAAGAGCAUAUACACUUACGCACUCGAAAAUGGAAAAUGGGAAUCUUCGUGCUCACUACACAAAAACCACGAUACGGGCCGGUGAGAUACUGCGACUGAUAGCCGUUUUUCAAGAUACGAGAAAAUGUACCUCGGUUACUUUUGGUAUCUCCGGAGGAUCAUCAGAGAGAGAUCAAUACGCGCAAUGUUUGGAUCCUCACGGACGAGAAGUGUUUGCACCACUCUCAGCGAGGGGUGAAUUUUACGCGAUAUGUCAGAACGGAAGUACGGAUACUGGAAGCGAUGCAGUGCUCUAUAAAGUUCAUCAUCUUGCGAAAAGGCCUUUACCUUUAAGAGUACGACUGAUAGCAGGUCCACUGCCGGUUCCAUUACCAAGAGAAUAUGGUGGUUUGAUGCAACUGGAAUCUUCGACGCGUGGUCCUAUUGUUUUAGGAUGUAUAGUUCCAGAAAGGCCGGUCCAUAAUCCAGAAAUGCUGGAAUUAGUAGUAUCUGGUAAUGGUGCACCUAGAGUAAGAAGAGCACGAUUAGGUUAUCCAUCAGAAGCAAGAUUGUUGGCAUCACCGAAGAUGCAAAGACUCCUUGCAGCGUGCAGCCGAGCAGUCGGAGAUCGUGCAACGGAACCACGAGUGGCACCUUUGAAAUUACAUCCAAGCACGGAGAACUUAAAGGAGAUGCAUUUGAAGAAGAUCAAGCCGAAGCCGGAAACAAGACCGAUACUUCAGAGUUUGAGGGAAGGCCUGGAGCAACUGAAAAAGACUACUGUUAGGGAAAGAAGCCGGACGAGGCAGAAUUCUGGAAAUGGUUUUCUAGAGAGGAUCUCGAAGCUUGCUCAAGGUGGUCGUAACAGAAAUCCCGCUAAGAAAUCAGCGUCGUUCACAUUCGCUGUUAGACCCGAAGUCGCUAUGAAGUCUCAGGAACGCUACUCCAGUUUGGAGCCAGAAACUACCUCUCGACAGAGUCGCGCGGACUCUUCUAAACAACCUGUACAAAGAUCGGUGUCGACCAGUGUCUUAGAGGUUCCACCAACGAACGUCGAACUUCAACCGAAUUAUUCUCGCGUCCGUGACAGCCUGACACCUCUUCCACCAGUUCCACAACCAACGAAGCCCAAAGCCGAUGAGAUUUACGCCGAGAUAUGCGACAAUAACACGACUGUCCAGAUACAAAACUGUCCUGGAAGUCACGUCAUGGCUAGCAUUAAGAUUAUCGUAAAAGGUAAUGACGCUCCGUUGGAAGAACGAAAUCCAAUCCGCAAGAAUAGAUAUAUCAAUUCGAUAAUAAUUAAUGAUCAGAUCGAUUCAAUUAUCAGCACAGAGGACGAAGUUAUUUACAAUACGAUAUUUUGAACAGAUUGAAUUACGAUUUAUCUAUUUCAACUAUUUUUUUUCUGGAGCCAUGAGAAAUACCAUGUAGAAAAUAGAGAUGGGCUGUGCUUCGUGAUCGAUAUCGCACCGAUCGUACUUCUCUCGUAGUUAUUCUUUUUCAAUUUGUAUUAUAUUUAAGUAAGGACAAUUUUUUCGAAUAAGUAUGCGUAAGUUUAGUUACGAGUCUAAUAUACUUUGUACAUAUCUUCUGCCACAUGUAUUAACUGUAAGAAGGUUACGUACGCGCGCAUAUUAAAACUGCAGAUCGCUCGAUGUAAUUAAUAAAAAAAAAAAAAAAAAAAAAACAAAAAAAAAACAAAAAAAAGAACAAAAAAAUAUGACUUUGUAUUUCAUGGAUGAUAAAGCUGAAAUAACACCAGUUACAAAUAAUCUUUUUAUCACCUUUUAAGGACGACAAAAAUAAAUGUAUGUUUUUGAUGUCCCUUCCCUUUUUCUUUUUUAUUAACCUUUGUACAUUAAAUUUAUUUCGAAUUUUAUACUUUUCUUUUCUUUAUUGGUCUUUUCCUCUUUAAAGAAACUACGAUCUUAUUCGUCGUUUUUUUUGAAUUCUCUUCUAAAACUUUUUUCAUUAUAUCAAUUGCUUUUGAAUAGCCUUGAUUUAAAUUGUAAUCUGUAUUAGUGUCCGGAUAUCUUCCAGAGAAUCCUUUCGGAACUAAUGGUUUUGAUAAGAGAGAUGCUAAAUGAUAUCUUUUUGCCUUUAACGAACGUCGUAAAUCUGCUAU